AUGGACUGGUCGACGGUCACGUUCGUGCGUCUCGGCUACAACCCGCUCGUGACCUUUGCCUUUGUCGAGCUCUCGCCGCAGCUCGCCUUCUUCGAGAUCAAAGACUGCCCGAUCUCCAACUUUACUGUGACGCCACAGACGUACGCAGCGUUGAACGCGUUGAAGAAAUGGGACGGCGAUACCGACAACUACGCCGGGUUUGUCGUCACAAACAACAUCUUGACGAGCUCGUCGGACUGCGCGGCCAUCAACGGACAGAUUCGGUCGCUCUGGGCAACGUCGGCGUCGUACACGAUCAGCGUCUGCGUCGCGAGUCCUGGGACUUCCAGUGUCGACCCGUCGAGUGCACCCGCACCCGUCACCAAGGCACCCCUCACCAAGGUGCCUAGUCCGUCCAGCGGGUCGCAGAAAUCUGGCAAUGACAAGGAUUCGUCUUCUGGCGCCAACACGGGCCUCAUCGUCGGGCUCAUCAUUGGCGGUCUCGUCAUUAUCGUGCUCGUUGUCCUGCUCAUCCGACGCCACCAGUCUGACAAGACGCCUCCAGUGACUGCCGAGUACCAGUACGCGCCGCCGACGACGCAGGCGUACGUGUACCAGCCGAUGGAGGCCGAGCCCUACCACUCCAACUACGCGAUUCCGACCGGCGGCUCUGGCCCGUUUGUUCCGCCACGUACGUCUACAGGUGGCUCGGGCGGCCACGUUGCAUCGAGCGGCAGUCUCCCGACAGCGACCUCGAUCAUGUCCGAGGGCGACAUCUUCCUCGACGUCGCGCCGCUCCGGCCCCACAAGCUCGAGCUCGCAGAUCUGACAGUCAUUUCCGAGCGCCCGAUCUCGUCCGGGGCGUACGGCGAGGUGUGGCUCGGCCAGCACGGCAACCAAAAGGUUGCGAUCAAGAAGCUCAAGGACCAGUCGCCCGCCAGCGUCUUCCAGUUCAUCGAAGAGAUCAAGCUGCUCUCCCGCAUGAACAGCGAUUUUAUCGUCAAGUUUGUUGGCGCGAGCUGGCGCCGUCCGAUCGAAAUGGAGUGCGUCGUCGAGUACAUGGACCUCGGCGAUCUGCGCAACUACCUCGCGACCAACUCGCCGGCGCAGUUUGGCUGGGACCAAAAGCUUAAGUCCAUUGUGAGCAUCGUCCGCGGACUCGUCUACCUCCACACGUUCAGCCCGCCAAUCAUCCACCGCGACCUCAAGUCCCGCAACGUCCUCCUCGACUCGAAGAAGGGUACCAAGCUCACCGACUUUGGCUCGUCGCGCGAGAUUGACGAGUCGACGCUGACCAACGGCGUCGGCACCUACCAGUGGAUGGCGCCCGAGAUCAUCAUUGGCACCGAGUACACGCAGUACAUCAUCACCAAGGUGACCACCGGGCAGCUCACGCCGACGCUGGACGAGACGCACACGCCGACGUGGGUGCGCGAGAUGGCGGCCGUGUGUCUCCAGAACGACCCAGCGUCGCGUCCGACGAGCAUGCAGCUGGCAGCGAUGUUGCAGCGCCUCUGA